GAUUGAUAUUUUGAAUAUUAUGUAACAAUGAAGUCCACAACAUCCAAGAUUUCGUAUUCGAUCAGCGAUUCACGCUGGUUUGACGCUAUGGUGGAACCAUAUUUUGUCAAUAUUACGGAAACAGUCCAACCAACUGAAUCUUACUUCGAGAGGCAGGAAUCUGGCCUUUCAUGUACAGUUUGUAAAGCACCUAUUGAAGAAGAUCGAAAUGACCUAAUAUCACAUUAUAAAUCCGACUGGCACAGGCAUAACCUUCAUCGGGUUUUGCAAGGUCGACCAUUACUAACAGAGGAUGAAUUUGAACAAGCGAUAUCCGACAACAAUCAUCUCAGCUCAUUGGAUACAGAAAGUGAUGAUGAGAUAAUGCCAUUUACCGGCGGAGCUCAUGCUUAUUUCAUAAGCGACGGAACGGUGUUUUCCAUAUAUCGAUGUAUUUUACUGAAAAACGAGGUUAUAUCUCGAAAUUUGUUCCAGCGUCCAUUAGAUUGUGCAAUUUUGUUGCUUUCUGGUGGUCAUUUCUGUGGUGGAAUUUUCAAGAAUCACAAACUGGUUGUACACAAGAGUUUCCAUCGCUAUAUUAUUCGAGCAAAACAGGGGACAGCACAGUCAGCGUCCGAUGCACGUGGGUCUGUGGCGAAAAGUGCUGGUGCCUGUGUGAGAAGGUAUAACGAAAAAGCUUUAAAAGACGAGAUCCAACGUUUGUUAAUGAGUUGGUCGAAGUUAAUGGAGCAAAGUCCAUUAAUAUUUGUGCGUUGUCCAACGCGUGUCUUUUUCGAAGGGACGAAAAAUUUCAAAUUACAAAGAGAUGAUGAACGUUUGAGGACACUACCAUUCGAAACACGCCGACCAACGGUGGACGAAUUACAGCGAACAUGGUCAAGACUGAAAAUCGUUCGUUUCCACGGGUCAGUGGUAGAUUUCAAUGGGGAGCAAGAAAGGCUUAAAAAGUUAUAUAAGAAACAGAAGCGAUUGUUUCGGCGUAAGAUAUCAGGAGUAAAAUAUCCGUCCAGUGAAUCUUCUCUGGAAUCAGAUAAUAAUGACAACAUCACUGGUGGAACGAAACGAUGGCCACCUGAAGUAGUGAUGAAUAUACCAAAUAAAGAAAACGAAAAUUCGAAACAAGAAGAAGCAGUGGUGAACCUUUUGAGUAAGGCAAAUGCCCAAGCUUUGUAUGCCUCUAUUCGUUUGAAUUCUAUUUCAAAGUUACAUCAACUGCUGGAAAGCUGUGAAGAAAGGAAGGAAGAUUUUCUGAAAUACAUCCGAGAAAUGAGGUUUCCACCAGCUUCUUCAACUUUUUUGCAUGUUGCGGCGAGAAGAGGUGCAGUGGAAAUCCUGGAAGAGCUGUUAUUGUUAGGAUGUGAUCCAGCGAUGAAAGAUAAUGAGGGAAAGGUUCCUUAUCAGGUUGCACAAAAUCGAACAGUUCGUCAGGCGUUUAGCAAAUUCCGAUCCGAAUAUCCCAAUGCAUUCAACUGGAAUAUUAGCCAAAUACCAGAACUGGUGGUAGUGAAUGAAGAACAGUUAGCGAAGGAGGCAGAAAAAAAGCGAAUCCAACGAGAGAAAAAGAAGCAGCGGGAUAAAGCUAAAAAAAUUGCUCAGCAUCACGAAAGAAUAGAACAGGCGCAACGUCAGAAAUAUUUAGCGCUUUCCGAUCGAGAAAAAAGAGCCCUUGCUGCAGAACGCCGGCUUGCUGCAUCUUUACAAAGAGGUUGCCAAAUUGUUGAAAAUGAUGGCAAUCGUUGUUUCAAGUGUGGUGCAGUUCUGGUUCCCAAACACUUUGAAUAUUGUGAUAAUCGUUUUUGUUCACUCAUGUGCUUGCAACAACAUCGACAGGAACAUCCGCCUCAACUUAUAUCCUAA